CUGUCCUCCCCUCCUCUCGCCUCUCGCGAGAGCUCGCGGCGCCGCUGCCGUGCCCUUGCGGCGCCAUGGCGGGCUACUGGGACGGGCCCGAGGGCGAGGACUGCCCGCGCCGCGCCUGGCUCACCACGAGGGUGGGAGCCGCCGCCGGCCUGAUCGGCGCCGCGUACCGCAUCAUCCUGCUGCAGCCCGGCACGGCCCUGGCCGCCGUGCAGAUGGCGGCGACGGACACGGUCACCAUGGCCACGCUGGGGGCCGUGUUUGGUGUGACGACCUGCCUGAGUGCCGAGAUCCGGGAGAAGCCGGAGGACCCCUUGAACUACUUCAUAGGAGGCUGUGCCUCAGGAGCCAUCGUCGGGGCAAGAACUCACAAUUACUUCACCGGUACCAUGUCCUGUUUGGGGUUUGGCAUCACUGCUGCCCUCAUGAAGAUCGGCAACAAGGAGGGCUGGAGGCUGACGGGGCCUCCCAAGCUGUGACUGUACCUUCCCUGCGAGCUCCUGGGAAUGCUCUGUGGAAUGAGGCUCUGUGGAAUAAAGAUGCUGGCAAAUCAA